AUUUAAACUCCAUUUCAUCAAUCGAUUAUUAUUGAUUUUCUUUUUCUAUUUUUUCAUUGUUGACAUCGUAACAAAACAAAAAAACCGCUCAGAAUGAAAAUCAGAAUUUUUUGUUUACUUUUUUUAACCGUAUGGACGAUGAUGUCAUCGGUUGAAGCAGCCCGUGAACCAAUAGUAUCACCUUAUGUUGAUGCAACAAGAAUGUCGGAAAAUUUUCUUGUCGAUCUAUAUCAACAAACUGGACUUAAAUCAGUUACAUUAGCAUUUGUACUUGGAACUGGUUUUGGUUGUACACCAAGUUGGGGUGGUGAACAAACAUUAAAUGAUCCAAAAAUAUUGAAUGGUGUCAAAGCAUUUCGUAAUAUUGGUGGUAAGGUUAUUUUAGCAACUGGUGGUGCAAUGGGACCAUAUUUAGAAUCAACUUGUUCAUCGGCUGAUCAACUUGCACAAACAUAUCAACAAGCAUUAAAUAUUGUUGAUAGUAAACAUUUAGAUAUAGAUAUUGGUAAGUUAAGCGCAUCCGUCAAUGUUGAUAUAAUGUUAAAUGCAUUGAAAAUAUUACGAACACGAAUACCUGAAUUAACAAUAUCAUUUACAAUGAUGGUACAAGGUGAUGAUUAUGGUAUUGUUGAUAGUUUAGGUGUUGAUAUUUUAAAACGUUCCCGGCAAAUUGGUGUUGAUGUUAAUAUCGUAAAUGGUAUGACAAUGGAAUUUGGUUCACGACGAUCAUCAUGGGGUGAUGCUGUUAUAGCUGCAAGUGAAAGUUUACAUCGACAAUUACAACAAAUAUGGCCAGAAAAAUCUUCAGAAGAAUUGUAUACAAUGAUUGGUGUUACACCAAUGAUAGGAAGGAAUUUUAAUGGAAAAAUAUUUCAAAUUGAACAUGCAAAACAAUUGAUUGAAUGGUCGAAACAAAAACAAAUUGGACAUUUAUCAUUUUGGUCUGUGGGUAGAGAUAAUGGUGAUUGUCCUGGUGGUGGUAUUUCACCAUCAUGUUCAAGUAUUUCGCAACAAAAAUUUGAAUUUAGUAAAAUUUUUCAACAAUAUUCUGGUAAUCAUAUUCCGGAUAAAUUUUCAACAACAACAACAACAACAAUGAAACCUGAUCCUAAUCGAACAACAACAAAACCAAAACCAAUUGAUUGUUCAACCGGUAUAGAAUAUAUUGUACAUGAAACAUAUUGUGAUAAAUAUUAUUGGUGUUUUCAAGGUAAACCACAUUUGGAACAAUGUCCAAAUCAUUUAGUUUGGGAUCCGAAAAUUAAUUCCUGUAAUUAUGCUGAAAAUGCUAAACGUACUGAUUGUAUACAAGAAUAAUGAAAAAUAAAAUAAAUUUUUGUUUUUUUUU